AUGGAAGACGGGUCUCCGGUUACUCGCCCUUUAGGCCCUCGUAAUCUACCUCGUGCGUCUCAUGCUUGUCAACGAUGUCGGAUCAAGAAAGGAAGGUGCAAUCAGCAGCAACCUUGUUCAUCAUGUGUGCGAGCCAGUGCGUCGUGCGUUUACGGAGAAGAGAGAAGGAAGCGAAGAAAGAGGAACGGUGACCAACCUGAAGGGAGUCUCGAGCAGGAUGAUACACAAUUGCAAGCCACCCCUGGAUCCGCAAUAUCGCCUGAUACUGGAUCAAUCACUGUCCGAGGCGUCACUGAAGACGUACCCAAUGAUGUUACCAGGCGCGACAUGGCCUCCGAGCUCAACAUUGAUUCCAUACGCUCAGAAGUUACUAUAACUUCCAAUGAUCGUGACGUGGUUGGCGAUGUGAAUGAACGAACUCAGGGAACGGAAUUUUACGGCACUUCCUCCAACUAUGUGCUGCUCAAUCAGCUGUUCUCUCAUGCGCGGCAGCAUAGCCUCUCCGGACGAAUUCCAACUCCUGGUCGCCUAAGUCAGCCAGCAAUGAACCUUGGUCAGAGUGGCCGCUCUCCAUCCGAAAGGAUGUCUCUUGUCAAUCUACUUGCAAACGAAGAUGAUCUGUUGGCACCAUCCAGAGACAAGUCGCCACCUCAAACAUCUCCUCCUAGAAGUCGACCAUCUGCUCUACGUUCUUUGCCCAAUGGUCUUCAAUCAAGUGACGGUAGCUCAAGCAGUAACUCGCCAGCAACGAAGCUGCGGAUUUCUGAGAAACGCCUUGAGAAGGUUCUCGUCCGCAGCUACAUGCAAAAUUUGCAUCACUUGCAUCCCAUGAUCGACACUGACAAACUCAAUCGCAUGUGUGAGGAACCUGUCGUACAGCAUGACAAUCGUCAAUCUCGACUGAGACACUUCUUGUCUCUAUACAACAUCAUCAUUGCUGUUGGAGCACUGGUAGCUGGAUCGGAUGUGAAGGACGAGUUCCAUCACGAGAUUGAAGCGGUGCUGCAGGGCAGGAAAGAUUCUCAAGAUCCUGGAAAGGCUCCACUACAAAGCUUGUCAAGGCACUAUUUUCGCAAGUCGCGAAGCCUACUUGGUGAUGUGUUUGAAGCAUGCUCUCUGGAAAGUGCUCAAACGCUUUUGUUGAUGUCUUUAUAUUGUCAAAACUCGCUAAAACCACAUGCUUGCUAUAUGUAUUGUGGUAUGGCUGUUCGGACUGCGCUUGCCAUCGGUCUGCCCUCUGAGUCGAUGUCUAAUUCAAUCGAAGCCUGCAAGGCUGCACGAAGAACUUGGUGGUGUAUAUACUCUCAUGAAAUCGAUAUGUGCUGCUCUGCGGGACGCUUCGACAGUCUCGGCAAGCCACGAAAAUACUCCAUACCAUUACCUCAAAUAAAGUCCUUGAGUCCGAACUCCGGCUCCAACACUGCUUAUCUGGAGGGAUCGAAUAUCUUUAUGAUCAAUGUAAUGGUCGACUUCGCUGUAAUACUGCGACGCAUCUCUAAAGAUAUAUAUCAUUGUCACAAAGAAGUCAGCGCUUCUCAAAAGUCGACAGCGGCUUUCUUCAUAGACACGCUCCUCGACCAAUGGAAACUCGGUCUUCCGGCAUGGCACAAUUUUGAUGUUGUUGAUUUUCGAGAACCAGAAUGGGCGGCAAAACAGAAGCUGGUUCUCCAGUUGCGAUACCUCAAUGCACGUGUUAUCCUGCAUCGUCCAUUCCUAUCCGAGCCUGCGACUUCUACUGUGCUGGAGAGGCAGAAGCAUAUCGAUCUAUGUCUCGAAGCCGCUCGCAAGACUAUACAAGUCCUGUACGACGCAUAUGCGAACAAACACUACUUUCGUACGUGGUGGUAUAAUUCGACAUAUACCUUGUAUGCCGGGAUGAUCGUGCUGUAUGUUGUCAUGCUCGGACACAGUACAGUGGCGCACGAUAUCCUCCUUGCUGAUGUCAAGAAAAGCCGAGAUAUCCUGAAGUCCAUGGAGGAAGCAAGUGUGGCUCGCCGUAGCGCCGACUUGUUGAGUGAGGUACUCGAGAUUGCCGUCGUUUACACACAACAAAAGCAAGACACAAGGGCUGGUUCAUCUACGAUGGCUUCUACAAGCCUUAUCGCCGACAGUAGCACUCAUCAAGGGCCCUCCGUUUUGUCAAACGAUAUCACUAGCGCAGGCUUUGCUCAGGACCCGGAAGCAUUUAUGGCGUCGUUGAUCGACCCUACAAUACUCCAAGAUUUCACAACAGAUUCCAACGACUGGAUCAACUUUGGAUUCUCAUCCACCGAAUGGGACGGUGCCACGACUUGA